AUGAGCUGGUAUUACGAGAAAGUGAUCACAUAUCACGUGGAUCGUGGCGAGUAUGGUGCUGCAAUUGAGUUGCUACGCAGCGUGGAGACGUCUAAGGUGGAGGAGCUCUGGUACAAGUAUUCCCCCGAGCUGAUCAUCCACAAGCCGAAAGAAGUGUACGAGGCCUGGCUUGAGGCUGCCACGUUGAACCCGACACGUCUUAUCCCGUCCAUCGUGCGUCAUGUGCACCAGAAGAGCGGCGUGGGUGGCAAUCCAACUAGCAACACCACCAAGAACCGCUCAGUGUUGGAUAUGGCUAUCCGGUUCCUGAAGUUUGCCAUUAAACAGGGCAACCGGGACCCUACUAUCCACAACUACUUGUUGUUCUUGUUGGCAAAGCAUCCGGACGAGCGCUUGCUCAUCAGCUUCUUGCGCAAGAAACACAAUGGCAAGCAUCUAUUCGACAUUGCCUUUGCUUUACGUCUUUGCACGCAGAACGAGAAGAACCGCGCGUGUAUCUACAUCUACUCGGCCAUGGGACUGUAUCAGGACGCGGUGGAGAAGGCACUUCAAGUGGAUGUGAAGAUUGCGAAAGAAAUGGCCAGCAUGCCCGAGGAUGACGAGACUCGUAAGAAACUGUGGACGUUGAUUGCCAAGCACACAAUUGAUGCCGGUGGUGAGAUUAAGGACGCCAUGAACAUCCUGAAAGAAAGUGGCUUGCUGAAAAUCGAAGACAUCCUGCCUUUCUUCCCCGAUUUCGUGCUCAUCAACGACUUCAAGAAGGAGAUUUGCGAGUCUCUCGAGGUUUACAAUGACCGUAUCGAACAGCUGAAGGAAGAGAUGCAGGACUACACACAGUCCGCCGAGUUGAUCCGCGCUGACAUGCAGAAGCUACGCAAGCGAUGCGCCGUUGUAUCAGGCAACCAACGCUGCGAACUUACUGGUCAAAAUAUCCUGGGUAAGGAGUUCUAUCUCUUCCCGUGCUCUCAUGCUUUCCACGCUGGUGCGUUGCGUCAGGAGAUGCAGAAACAUUUGAACAGUUUCCAGCGCCAGACAGUGAAGCAGCUGAUCCAGAAGCUCAAUGAGCUGUCCACAGAGAUGCCUACCAGCACUAAUUUCUUCCAGAGACCGCUGGCUGCUUUCUCAUUCCUGAACUUGUCGUCCAGCGAGAAGGAAGUCAUGACUCCUGGAGCUGAAGGAGGCAGUGCUGCGACGGCUAAGGCCAAGAAUGCCGCGAAGGAGCAGUCUAUUGCACAGGAGCGCGAGAUGGUGCAACAGAAGCUGGACGAGAUCAUCGCGUCCGAGUGCAUCUUCUGCGGUGAGGUUAUGAUCAAGUCCAUCCACACUCCUUUCAUCACACCAGAAGACGAGGCCAAUGAGGGCAGCGAAUGGACCAUUUAA